AUAAUUAACAGAAAACCCCACAAUCUCGCACUCAGGAUGCCAUGCCACAAUCAGCAACUGAACAAUGUGAGCAGCGGUCAGGAGCACCCAAUGAAGCAAGUGCGAUUUGCAAACAACAACAGCAGCAAUGUGCCUGCAGUGCUGCCCAACUCUGAGACAAGUGAUGCCUCCAUACUGAGUGACAGUCAAGAUAACCUGGGACCUCAGCUUAAACUGCUCCCUCUGAAUGACCAGAUCCGUGAAUUACAAACCAUAAUCAGAGACAAGACAACCAGCAGAGGAGACUUUGUGUUUUGUGCUGAUCGGCUGAUCAGACUAGUUGUUGAAGAGGGUUUGAAUCAGCUCCCCUACUCAGAGUGCACUGUGACCACGCCAACAGGGUACAAGUACGAAGGUGUCAAGUUUGAAAGAGGCAACUGUGGAGUCAGCAUAAUGAGGAGUGGUGAGGCUAUGGAGCAGGGUCUCCGGGACUGCUGCCGCUCCAUCCGCAUUGGCAAGAUCCUCAUCCAGAGUGAUGAGGAGACACAGAAAGCCAAGGUCUACUAUGCCAAGUUCCCUCCAGAUGUGUACAGAAGAAAAGUGCUGCUCAUGUAUCCCAUCCUUAGUACCGGGAACACUGUGAUUGAGGCAGUGAGGGUGCUGAUAGAGCACGGAGUCCAGCCCAGACAUAUUAUCCUCCUCAGCCUCUUCUCCACGCCUCACGGAGCCAAAUCUAUAAUCCAGGAGUUCCCUGAUAUCACCAUCUUGACCACGGAGGUUCACCCAGUGGCUCCGACACAUUUUGGACAGAGGUACUUUGGCACUGACUAAACCAAGGACAACCUGAGGAACAUGACCUGCAAUUUAUUCUGAGUAUAUUUUGUCUUGUUUAUUUAAAUGUAUCUCAUGUUCUCCUUGUUGUGCCAAAUACUCCAAAGUUCCUAAACUGAUACAAAACUAUUAAUCUAAUCAACUGACUGUAUUUAUUAUUGGGUUUUUUUGCUGUGCAUACUCAUGUUUAUGAAAGAAAGCAACACUGAAACAUUUGCAGAGUUCAACUUGGGUCAUUUUAUUUUGCAUGUUACAACAACUGAUGGAAAAUAAAGAAUUUAUAUUUGCUAAAAGACAGAACAGCAAAUGAAACGGCAUCAGUAUUUUUGGUGGUUUCGAGGUGUUUAGAAAGGGAAGCGCCACAAUCACAUACUCCAAAGACAGUUCAAACGGGACCAUACUGUAUGUGCUCUAGCAAUAUUGAACUCCUGUCUGCAAACUGGAUAUUAUUUGUCAUCUUCUCAUGUUAUAAAUAUCCUACUAUUUGAUAAAAGCACGUUGCUUCAAUAGUUUAUUUUAAGUGUCACUUGAUGGAGCAAAAUAUACAGACACUGCCUGCAGCAGUUAUGAAUCAGCAAACUCAAUACACAGGGAGAAAAAAAAGCUGAAGAUGAUAACAAUAAAUAGACACUAGACAACAUGAGACACUCAACAUCCACAUCUUUCCUAAUGUUUUAUACAUGCUUCCAAACACUGAAUCAUACCUCGGAUAAAAAGGACAGUUUGAAUUAA